AUGGAUGCGCUGUCCUACAUUGACUCCUUCGCCUUCUGCUUCCAUGAGGGGGUGGCUGUUAUGGGACAUCAGCAUGAAAUAUGGAGGAAGGAGACUGACUGUCAGCUGGAUGGCCACAGGUUUCCGGUGCUGGUGAGAGAUUCCAUCUGCGCCACCAUCCACUUCCUGAGGUCCCUGAAGCUGUACGGGGUGGAUCCAGCCUGCGUUGUGGUUUAUGGUGACAGCUUGGGAGGAGCGAUAGCAACUAUAGUGUGUCAAAACCUCUUGGACUAUCCAGAUCUACCGAAGAUCCGCGCCCAGGUCCUUGUCUACCCUGGUCUCCAAGGUAUUGAUUUCCAGUGCCCGUCGUAUCAGCAGAACAAGAACGUCCCGUUGCUCAGCCUGGACUUCGCUUUCCUCUGUUGGAGCAGCUACCUGAGCAUCAACCUCGCCUGGAAGAGCAUCAUCCUGCAAAAUGCGCACUUGCCCCCUGCAGUGUGGGCAAAGUAUCAGAAGUGGCUGGGCCCAGACAACAUCCCUGAGAGGUUUAAGCAGAGGGGGUACCAGCCGAAGACCCCUGGGCCCCUGAAUGAGGAUGCCUACCAGGAGUGCCUCCUGGCUCUGGAUGAGAUGGUCUCGCCCCUGAUCGCCUCUGAUGACGUGGUGUCGCGGCUCCCGGAAACCUGCAUUGUCAGCUGUGAGCACGACCUUCUCCGGGACCACUCGCUGCUGUACAAGAAGAGGCUGGAGGACCUUGGUGUCCCGGUGACCUGGCACCACUUGGACGACGGCUUCCACGGGGCGCUGUCCUUCCUGGACAUGCCCUUCUUCAGCUUCCCCUGUGCCUGGAAGAUUCUGGAUGCCACGGUCCGCUUCAUAAAUGACUUGUAA